ACGUUUAGCGGCUGUCAAACAAACCAGUCGAGCAACCUAACAAUAACGAAAAAUAUCAUUAAUGACACUUCGAGCUGUCAUAAUAUCAUCGACAGAGGAAAAGAAAAAAAAUAUAGUCAUAAUACUAAUUCUUGACGUGUAAAGUCCAACAAAUUUUCUUACAUACCAUCACCUGAACAACAAAAAACAAUUGAAUAAACAAAUCGAUUGGUUUGAGCAACAUGCUAUAAAAUGACGAUAAAUAAUAAGUUUUAUUUCGAAAAUACUGUGCGGAGUUUGGCACGGGUGUUAGCACAAAUCAAACCAACACCAUGGGAAAAAGUUUUGUCACUGUAUCGCUAUUGUCCCCAAGAAAAUGCGGCUGGAGUGUUUUGUUUGGAUUUUCGGGCUCAAGAAGCUGUCAUUGCACUAGGCUUGUACUUUCUUGACAGUGGAUGUCAACAUGAAACGAAAAUUGUGCCAUACCUCCUGAGAUUGAACAAAGCGUUGCCCAAGGCCGUAUGGGUCGAUGAUGGGAAACCUAAAAAGUCGGACCGUGUUCCAGCUUCAGAACGGUUCAGUUUCUGUCUUAACACAUUACUAUCGGAUGUUGCGGUCAAUUGCCCGGAUGUACGUGACACGAUUAUCGAAAAUCAAGUGAGCACUCUCGAUUCACUGACAACGAUGAUAAAAUCUAGUCGCGAGAGUAAUACAUUGCCACCAAUAAAUUUAUGCAAAGCAACCGUUCCGAUUUUGCUUGGUUUGGGGCGGGCAAUGGGCCGUUACGCACACAGUAUCCCACCGCUUUUAUGUCGAAUUUUUCCGCCAAUAACGAUACCAUCUGCUACAAAAAACACUUCAACGACAACCAACAAUUACACACUUCAUGAACGGCAACAAAGUCUAUCGCAAUUUCGCUCUAUCAUACCCCGAUCAUUGUCGGGUGGCUUGAGUUGCGAAGCUCUCGACGAUUCCAUGAGUGAUGACACCGAUUCAACAAAUCGACCACCAAAACUGCAAUCCUACUAUUCUGUGCCGUAUGAUCCGACGACGUACUUUUUUUCAAAAUACGGAUCAAGUUUUAAUCAAUUUCCAAAUAUGCGUUUCUAUGAGACACCGGAGAAGAAAAUGAAAAUUCAAUUCAAAAUCCAAUACUUGCAAAGCAUUUUUGCGAUUGCCAAAAAACUGUUGACGAAAGAAACUCUUGAUUAUCUCGAUGAACAGGCCAGCGACAUAUAUUCAUUACAUCAAAUCAAAUCGUAUCCAUACAAAAGUUUUUCCGAAACAAUCAAUUUGGUACUGGUUACACUGUUGCGUGAAGUACUCCAAAAUGAAACAGAUCUACCAACGCCAUUCACGAAGGAUGUGCAAGAAUUUGUGAAGAACUUAUUCCUGAAUGGUCAAACUGAAUUGCAGAAGAAACAAAAUGACCAGGAGAAAGAGCAUCGAGAACCAGGCUGCACGGCCAUCAAUAAAUAUAAAAUCAAUGUAAUGGCCAAUGCAGCCUGUGUAGAUCUGCUGGUGUGGGCGAUCAACGAUGAAACCGAGGGUGAUAAACUGUGUGGACGAUUAUAUCAGAAAUUGAACUUGUUGGUGGGCCAAAAAAUUGUGAUGGACCACAUGCCUCUGCUCAUGGUUUGUUUGGAGGGUCUUGGAAAAUUGGCAGAAAAGUUUCCGAAUAUUGCUGGAACAUCAAUUUCUUAUUUAAGAGAUUUCUUGGUUGAUCCCAGCCCCAUAUUGGCAAAGUUAUAUGGUCAAGCACAACAGAAAAAAGAUAAGGAUUCUUUUAAAAUCGUUGUCCAAGGGAACGAUUAUCGAGCUAUCGACGUACCGUUAAAACCGGUUGGCAUCACUAAAUCCGCUCAAGCAGCUUUUGAGGCAUUGAGAGAUGCGGCAAUUGAAAAUUUGAGUAUUGCUUUACAUGCCGCACAUAAGCUUGAUCCAUACUGUGUACCAGCUCUUGUGGCUAACGUUUCAAAUCGCCUCUUUACUGCUGAGAAACAAGAAAAUGAAUCGAGCCUAGUUUCAUUGAACAUCAUUGUGAUGUUGGGUCACGUAGCGGUUGCUUUAAAAAAUACCCCAAAAACGACACAAAAUAUUUUGCAAUUUUUCAUACAGCGUUUCUGCAAGGUUCCGUCAGAGCAAAAUGUUUUGAUUGUCGAUCAAUUGGGAUGCAUAAUUAUAUCUCGCUGUGAGCCGCCAAUCUUCGAGGAAAUCAUGAAAAUGUUCUCGCGCGUAACUGUACAAUCUGCAUCGCAAGCUUACUCAACGAAUACAGAUCAACGAAAGCAAUACCAACACGUUUCCGAUGCAGUUAUCAAUGCUCUCGGAAACAUUGCUGCGAACAUUCAAGGCGAAGCCGAAAUGUUGGAUUUGCUCGGAAAACUAUUAGAAUUAUUUGUGCAAAUCGGAUUAGAAGGGGAACGAUCAUAUGAUAAUUCAGCUGGAGCGCAGAAAGCGAGCUCAAGCGCUGGCAACCUUGGCAUGUUGAUUCCUGUUAUUGCGAUUUUGGUGAAGCGUUUGCCUCCAAUAAAAAAUCCGAAGAUUCGAUUGCACAAGCUAUUCAAAGAUUUCUGGCUCUAUUGUAUUGUGAUGGGUUUCACCAAUUCACGACUAUGGCCAUCGGAAUGGUAUCAAGGUGUUCAACAGAUUGCAGCCAAAUCCCCUCUGCUGAUUUCACAAACGGCUCAUCGAUCGGAAAUGCGCGAGUUGAACUACACAUCAGCCGUUAAAUCCGAUAGUGUUAGCUUGAACGAGUUACGAAGCCAGAUCUUGGUGCUGUUUGAUCAUCCUCCAGCUGAAGUUGUGGCCUGUAUUCACAAAUUCACUUUUGCUCAAUGCACCUACUUGCUGAGCGUUUAUUGGCUCGAAACAUUAAGAGUUGAAAAUGCCGAUGAGCCAAGUUUGGAAGCAAUUUUAAGUUACCUGUGCGAUAUUCCGUUGCAAAAAGACAAAUCGGGAAUGUGGUCAUGCAUCAAAUGUAUUGCGGAUCAAGUAUUUGAAAAGUUUCGAAAUGUGUUAAUAUCACAAGAACAGCUCCGUGAAAAUGUGUUAGAGUCCCAAGCAAUGCUAUUACUCGUAUACUUCAAUCAUAUUCACAAACAAAUUCAAGUGGUUGCCGAUCAGUAUCUGUCACAACUGGUCGAUAAGUUCCCGCAUUUGCUGUGGAACAGAAAAGUACUUUGGUGUAUGUUGGACGUGUUGCAAUUGUUGGCUUUUUCAUUAACCCUCGAUCCAAACGAAGAGACGCCGACAUUAAAGGUCACAUCAACACCGUACACACUUCAAUUGAUGGACAGUUUACCAGCUCGAGAGAGUCGUUUAAAAGAUUUCGCCGACCGUUGCCAAGGCAUCAUCAACGAAGCAAUGAAAUGGGCACCAAAGUCCACGAAGAGUCAUUUACAAGAAUAUCCGAAUCAAUUACCAACAUCUGCUCUGGCUCAUCACAGUGGGCUCGCAAUGGCUUUCGAUGCUGCUCUGCAGUCGAGCACCCCUUCACUUGCAUCCGCACUGCUACCGGUUGCUGCAAAACGUCCACAAUGUGUAAACAGUGACACUCCACGGUUUGUGUCGGUUUUGUGUCUACGAUCAAAGUAUGCCGGAGAGAUAUCGGGUCUUUUAUCUGUGUUGGAAGAUGACGAGAAGAGAGGACUAGGCGAUCGUUUGGUAAAAGAGAUUUGGGAAGCAUGCUACGAUAAAAGUGAUGCCAACUACCGCGGUGCAGUUUGGAGGGCAACCGCUUAUCUGAUCAUUUGUUCUGGAAUCAAUCGAAAGCUAUUGCACGCAAUUUCCACAUCGCAAGUUGAAUUGUUCACCGAAUCCGCAAUGGAAACUGCUGUUGAAUGUUGGCAAUGGGUGCUAACAGCGCGUCCAGAUCUGGAACUAUCUUUCAUGAUGGAGAUGGUUAGUGCAUGGGAAACGACAUUCGAGAAAAAAAUUGGCCUUUUUGCCGAAGAUGUUGCAUUAACAAGUCCAUUGGCCGCACAUCAAGGCUGUCAAUUGAUUCCGCCUCCGAUCAAUGUGAAACCGCACCAAAUUUGGCUGCAGUUAAUUUCGGAAAUUGUUGACACAGCCAAGUAUUGCAAUCGAGAUAAAGUCGAAAUGUUUGCACUAUUAUUACAUCGAUGCCUACCGAUGGACAUAAAUAACAAACAAAAUCGAAAUGUCGCCACGGUCGGUUGUCGUUUCAAGCUGCUCCAGUGUGGUUUAUCGCUUUUACAAGGUAACACCUUACCAAAAGCCCUAUCGAGAAAUAUUUUGCGUGAACGGAUUUAUAGUCAUGCACUGGAAUACUUUUGCGGGCCGCAAUUGUGUCCGAGCCAAAGUCGUGAUGUUUUGCUUGAAGAUAUAACCAUUUUGCUGAAAUUUUGGCAAACAAUGCGUAGCGAGAAAAAGCAUUUGAUCACAAGCGAAGUGGGUGACUAUGAUAUCAAUCCCACCACACACACGUUGUCAGUCACGAAAUUGUCAUUAGACACUCUUUCGAAUGCUGGCAGCGAUGUAGCUCGAAGCACAAGCACCGGAACAGGCGGCUGGUAUAACACCAUUCCACAUUCAACAUCAACACUGUCGAAGCGUUCGGUUCGAUCGAAACGGUCCCCAUUCCAGAAGGCAGCCUACGACAAAGACUACAUGAAAAAGCGCAAUUUAAUCCUGGAAUUAUUGGCUGCUGAAAUCGAAUUUCUGAUUACAUGGUACAACCCAAAUUCGACACCACAUCUAACCAUUCCUGGUGAAGAUGCAAUCAAUGAAUGGCGCGCUCGGCCAAUUAAAUUGAGCUUGUGGCGUGAUUACACCCGAUUAGCUUGGUUCUACAAUCCAGCGCUUGCAAUUUACUUGCCACAAAGAAUUCGAAAUGCCGAAUCGAUUGAGGAUGAAGUGACACGUUUGGUUUGCUCCGAUCCAAUUGCUGUCUCCCAUAUUCCUGAAGCAUUAAAAUACCUAGUUACCACAAAGACAUUAUUAGCUGAAUCUCACGAGCUUGUGUAUAUGUUGACUUGGUCACCGGUGAAUCCAAUUCAAGCGCUUUCGUAUUUCUCACGUCAAUACCCAACACAUCCGCUAACUGCCCAGUAUGCCAUUAAAACACUAUCUGCUUAUCCGGCCGAAGCAGUUCUACCAUACAUUCCUCAGCUUGUACAAGCACUACGACACGAUACGAUGGGCUAUGUGACCGAAUUCAUCAAGAACAUUCCAGCACGAUCGCAAAUCGUUGCCCAUCAACUCAUUUGGAAUAUGCAAACGAACAUGUACAUGGACGAGGAUCAACAGCAUAAAGAUCCGGUUUUGUUUGAUCAUUUGGAAGCAUUGACUCAAAAGAUCAUAUCAUCAUUCUCUGGUGGUGCCAAACGAUUCUAUGAACGUGAGUUUGACUUCUUUGGUAAGAUAACAGCAGUUUCGGGUGAAAUUCGUUCAUUUGCGAAAGGUGUACCGCGAAAAAAGGCGUGCCUAGAAGCAUUGAGCAAAAUUAAAGUGCAGCCCGGAUGUUAUUUACCAUCGAAUCCAGAAGCAAUGGUGAUCGAUAUUGACUAUAACAGCGGAACACCCAUGCAAUCGGCAGCUAAAGCUCCUUACCUGGCACGAUUCAGAGUGUAUCGAUGUGGUAUAACAGAAUUAGAGCAGCUGGCAAUGGAUGUAUCGAAUCAAGAUUCAAGCAAUGCCGUUCAGCCAAGCAUCACGCUUGGCGUUGAUUCGUGGCAAGCAGCCAUUUUCAAAGUUGGCGAUGAUGUGCGUCAGGACAUGCUUGCGUUGCAAGUGAUUAAAAUAUUUCAGAAUAUUUUCCAACAAGUCGGACUGGAUUUGUAUUUGUUUCCAUACCGUGUUGUGGCAACAGCACCAGGUUGUGGUGUUAUCGAGUGCGUUCCGAAUGCAAAGUCCCGUGAUCAACUUGGACGUCAAACCGACACUGGACUGUAUGAGUAUUUUUUGCACACCUAUGGAGACGAAACAUCAAAGGAAUUCCAGUUGGCUCGUAGCAAUUUCGUUAAAUCGAUGGCCGCUUACUCAGUCAUUGGUUAUUUGCUUCAGAUUAAAGAUCGUCACAACGGAAAUAUAAUGAUCGAUACAGAUGGCCAUAUCAUUCACAUCGACUUUGGGUUCAUGUUUGAGUCUUCACCCGGUGGAAAUAUUGGCUUUGAAACUGACAUGAAGCUAACUGAUGAAAUGGUCAUGAUAAUGGGUGGUAAAAUGGAAGCACCAGCAUUCAAAUGGUUUUGUGAAUUGUGUGUUCAAGCGUUCCUAGCUAUUCGACCGUACCAAGAUGCUAUUGUUUCAUUGGUAUCACUUAUGCUUGAUACUGGACUGCCGUGUUUCCGUGGACAAACCAUAACGUUGUUGAAGCAACGUUUUGCUCCAGCCAAAAACAAUAAAGAAGCAUCAGCACACAUGCUAGCCAUCAUUCGAAAUUCGUAUCAAAAUUUCCGAACUCGUACUUACGAUAUGAUUCAGUAUUACCAAAAUCAAAUCCCGUACUAAACGCCACCAGUCCCGUGUGCUUACUCUCGUAUUUUUACUUUAAUUUUGGAGUUUCAUGUUACUGUUUUUUUUUUUGAAAUUGUCAUUGGAUUAAUGAAAAAUCGAAGAAAUAGUCGUUGUUAGUUCAAAUGAUUUCUUCAAGUAAUUUUAUUGAUGUUAUUGGUGAUUUAAAUUUUUGUUGAGAGAGAAUAGAAAUCCAUUUCUAUUAAGAAAUAAAGCUAAUAUAUAUUCCAACAUUCAUUUACCUAUGUAUAUCUUGGUCAUGUUACAGAAAUAUAUUCAGUCAAUUAAUUAGUCUCAAAUUAAAA